AUGGAGAUUACGGCCUCUAUCGAUACCGCCGCUUCCAUUACUCCUUCUUCUCCACAAGACAAUUGGGAUGCGCUCAAAGCCUUGGUUCAAGACAUUGCUCGUCAUGUCAGUCGAGAUCGAAGUAAUGCCUUAGAACGCCCAUACAAACGCCUUCAACGGAAACGCAAUCGAAUCUGUCGACAAUAUUCUGAUCCUCGCAUACGCGCUCCACUCCUUCAUACCAUUGAGAAGCAGAUUGGCAUGAUACAAAGGGAAAUUGCCACCAACUUAUGUUUACGGGCGGGUAAACACUGGCGUGAACAGGGCGAAACCUCUGCUGGCUACUUGAAACGGACUAUUGCCAGUCGUUCGAUCAAAAAGUCGAUCACUAGCCUCAUUAACCCUAUUACUAACACAUUAUGCACUGACCCCAUUUCCAUGCAGACAGCAGCCUCCAGUUUCUAUGCAGCAUUAUACUCUUGUGAUGCCAUGGAUUCAGCGAGUAUCAACUCUCUGUGUGCCACUAUUCCGGAUUCUAACACCAUCACGGAUGCCGAUCAUGAUACCCUUCAGCAACCUUUCACCAUUGCCGACUUAUUGACUGGCACUCAUCGUACCAAGUUCCAAUCCAGUCCUGGUAUCGACGGUUUACCUUACCCCAUUCUCAACAUUAUCCUCAACCACCGGAAGGCCGCCCAACUUGCUGUUAAGAUGUUUAAUGAUGCCCUCAACCUGGGUAUCUUCCCUUCCAGCUGGUUGCAAACCUGCAUUUGUUUACUACCCAAGUCUGGCGACCUCUCCAACCUCAAGAAUUGGCGUCCCCUUUCUUUGAUUUGCUGUGAUGCCAAGAUCUUCACACGAUUGCUUAAUCAACGCCUUAUGCCUUUCAUGAACAAGAUCAUAUGCCUCCAACAAUCUGGAUUCAUGCCUGGUCACUUUAUCGUUGAUAAUGGUAUGAUUCUCAACAACACUUGUCUCAUUGCUGCUGAAACUUCAUCGGACAGUAUUGCACUGCUCUUGGAUCAAGAGAAAGCGUAUGAUCGCAUCCACCCUGAUUACCUUUGGUCGGUGAUGCACCGAUUUAACCUUCCUACUAACAUUAUCCAUUCCUUAAUGAACCUUCUCUUCUCUACGCAAAUUCACAUCAACAUUAACGGCCACAUAUCCACCUCGUCCAUCACCCAACAACGUGGUAUCCGCCAAGGGGAUCCCAUCUCACCACUCCUUUUCAACAUUGCUUUUGAUCCAUUCCUUCGCUCCAUUCAACAAGAUCCUCAGUUUACUGGCUUCAACCUGCAUACUGAAGCUCCAUCUCCUACUAAUCAUACUACAUCUGACGAUAUUUCAGUUCCUAUGCAACAAUUAUUUCCGGACAUUGACGGCCUUGCUGUCAGUCCUGAUACUCCUGCUUCUCCAGUUUCUCCCUCCUCUACACCUCUGGCGGUAAAAAUCCUGGCAUAUGCGGAUGAUACCUUGGUAUAUCUCCAUGAUACGCAGGACUUUCAUCGCUUGCAGACCGCCAUCACCAUGUAUAUGAAAGCUUCUAACGCAUUAUUGAACUAUCACAAGACCGUAGCUACAUCUCUCUCAGGUAAACCUUCAGCAGCUUGCAUUACUCAACGCAAUGUUGCCUUUCAAAACCUAUAUGACUCCAUCCGAAAUGCCAUUGCUCUUCACUCACAACGCAACUUAUCCAUCCGCGGCCGUACUACCAUUCUCAAUUCACUUAUUUACUCCAAAUUAUCGCAUGUUCUACGCCUCACGACAUUUACCAAGGCCCAGUUGCUCUCUUUACGAAGCCUGGGCACCUCCUUUAUUAAUUUUCGCAUUUCCCCUAGACUCUCUUUUGCUACUCUCUCUUUACCUCGGUCAGCCGGCGGUUUGGGGCUCCUAGAUCCUCUUUCUCAACAACAGACUCUACAAUGGUACUGGGUCUGCCCGCUAUUACUUCAAUAUCUUGCUUCUCCGGCCUUCCCCAAGUACACCACUCCUUCGCUCUCUGUUUUAACUUAUACUCUUUCCUGGUGCUACUACUCCACCGUCUUGCCUCAUUUCUUCUACUAUCUCUUGUUUCCUUAUGCUCGCCAUCGGUCGUGGUUUCCUCAAAGCCCAUCCCGUCGACACAGUUAUCUCAAUCCAAUCACUAAUCUUCAGUCCUGUUUGUCACUUUUCCAGAUAACAGAGCGUCAUAACUUAUAUGUUGAUGCUGUUACUUGCUACUUAUUUCCUCUCUAUGAUAUUCUUUUACAUUCACCACCUACUACUAAUACUCUUUAUUCAUCUAGCUUUAUACCACCGAAUCUUCUCUUAGACGGCUCCAACGUUGCAAAGAAGCUUCUUGUAAGCGACAUUUUCCAGUUAGAUGCUGAUCUUCAGGUGCUUCGUGUUCGUUCUUCCUUCCAAUUCGCUAACCAUCCUAUUGUCUCCCAACGUGUUGCUGAUUUCAUCAAUUCUCGUCAACUGCUAUUCCAACCUUUCUUUGCACAGCAAUGCUUCAUUGCUCCCCGUCCAGCCCUAGAUCCUCAUCAACUUUCCUCUCUGCGGGCGUUUUGCCGUAGCAUUUUCGUCCCUCCUUCUUCCUCGUCUUCGCGUAGUCGGUUGCCACUCAAUAGCAUCCGCUUCUUUAAAAAGCUACGCCAUAACCUGCCCUCUUCCUCCUUCUCUCUUUCUCCUCUCCAACCUCCUCAAUGGCGCUCAUUUUGGACACUCGCAAUCCCCCUUGCUGCUCGCACGGUCUGGUACCGGGCUAUAUAUGAAAAAAUUCCCACCAGAGCCCUCCUACAUCUACGCAUUCCUGACAAUCACCCUUCUCGCCGCUGUACAAUCUGCCCUGCCUCUCCCACGGAGGAUAUCACACAUGCUCUGUUCUCCUGCCCUCCCAAGUUGCUGGUCUGGCGAUACAUGUAUCACACCUAUCUUUCUGCUUCUCCAUCAAUCUAUGAUGUUGAUCUGAUUCAUUUCCUCCAACAAACUUUACUCUGUUCCUCCCCUCUUCUUGAUCGUGAUCCCUCUCUCUCGUUCAAUGAACUCUCUAUUCCUUAA